CCGACGAGAGUGACGUCACGUCCGACAUUGUGUCAAGUGUGUCAAGUGAAGAACAACAAAAAUAUCCGUGCCAUAUCAAUGUUUUAAUUAGAUUUAAGCCGAACACGCUUGUCCGGAAGGAUCUAAAGCGGGCGUUGGCCAACGAACUCGAAUUCUCCACAGUCGGCGGCCGAAGAAGCAGCAGAGGCGCGUUAGCCAGUGGCAAUUUCGGUCGAUAUGACGAUGCCGAGCCCUCCGGAAACGCAGGAGCGAGCGGCGGGCAGGUGCAGUCCGUGCUUCAGCGACGAGGGCGUCGUCACCUGACCGAGGAGUGCCGAUGUCGUAGGUGCGCAGGAGGAGCCUCCAGCACCUGCUGCAGCCGCGGACACGACCAUCAGCGGCCCUCAGCCGGCAGUCAAGAGCAAUAAGAAGAAGAAGAAGAUGAGCGCAGACGAAGAAGGCGAGCUGCUCCAGCGGGCCAUCGAGGAGCGCGAGUGCAUCGUGCGCAGGUAUGAGGUCGGCCGCUCCACAAACUCGAACAUCGACCCUUGGGAGGACCCGGAAUUUGAGCUUUACUCGGUCAAGGACAAAUACGGAUUCCUGCACCAAAAGACCUUACCCAAGGUAAAGGACGCGAACGAAAAGAAGCAGGCGUUUGUCCAAGUGGAGCGUGAGAAGAAGUGGAACAAAAUGACAAACGGCUCCAACUGGAAGAGCUUCAGGUCCUCGGAAAAGCUGCGCAAACGCAUUUUUAAAGGCAUUCCAGACAGCUUUCGGUCAAGGGUGUGGGGACUUCUUCUUGGACUGGAAAACAUCAAGCAGGAGCAGAAGGGAAAAUAUGAGGAAAUGCGAGACCUUGCUCAUAAAUGGUCGCCAGACAUUCGGCAAAUCGACUUAGAUGUGAACCGAACAUAUCGAGACCAUGUGGACUUCCGGGAGAGGUACAGCGACCGGCAAAAGUCCCUGUUCAACGUGCUGGGCGCGUACAGCAUGUACAAUCUGGAAAUAGGCUAUUGCCAGGGAAUGUCGCAGAUUGUAGCGCUGCUGCUGAUGUACUUGGAUGAGGAGGAGGCCUUCUGGGCGCUUAGCAUCCUUGUCUCCGACCAAAGAUUUGCCAUGCACGGCUUCUUCAUUCCCGGCUUUCCAAAACUGCUGCGCUUCCAGGAGCACCAUGACAAAAUCAUGAAGAAAUUCCUGCCAAAGCUCAAGAGACACCUGGAUAAAAAUGGCGUGGACACCGGUAUCUACACUUUAAAGUGGUUUUUCCAAUGCUUCUUGGACCGGAUUCCGUUUUCCCUGACGCUAAGGGUGUGGGACGUGUACCUGCUGGAAGGGGAGAAAGUGCUGACCACGAUGGCCUACACACUGCUGAAGAUGCACAGGAAGACGCUGCUCAAACUAGGCAUGGACGAAAUCCUGCAGUUCCUACAAGUGAGGCUGGAGCAUGAGUUCGGCUUUGACGAUGACACCGUCAUGGCAAACCUCAAGUUGUGCUUGGACGAAUUAAAGAAGGGCAAACUGGACUACGCUGGUAGUGCACCUAGUCAUGAAUUGCCGCAGAAGCCCUUCGGGCUGUUCAACCCGCCCACUAUUCAGCAACAGGUUGGCCGUCGCUCCGACUUCAGCCAGGUGGAAGCAACUGCCAGGGACAACGUAGCCCUGCGCAGAGACACCGCCAUGGCCGAGGCAAACGUCCCCGAGUCGCCUUCGUCAGGUGAUGAACGUCAUGGUUCUAGAGCUUCUGCUGAUGAAGGCGGCUCAGCAAAGUUUUCAUUUGAGCCUGAGGAGGCGAGUUCGGUGCUGGGCUCGAGACGCUCGCUGGCGGAAACCAGUGUAACCUCGACUGCCGACCUUUCUGUGUUCUCGAACGCGACCACGGCCGGUGGAUCGGCGUCCAGGGCAUCACAGGACAAUUGCUCGGUCACCUCUGAGCACGUGGGCGUCAAGACGCACCGCAGGCUGCCCUCCGCCGACUCGGUGACGCACUUCGGCUCGGGCAGGUCCACGCCGAAAGCCUCGCUCUCGGGAGACCACCUUCAUCCCGCAGCAAUAGAGUCGAUGGCGCAAAGGAAGCUGUCGGACGGGUCGCGGCACUCGCCGACGGCGCCCCGCCGGCUGUCGCACCACGAAAACGGCUCUCCACGUCUGUCCAGACCUGUGGGCGGCGGCGGCGGCGGGCACAGCCCCGGCAGCCACGCGUCCUCCAAGGACGUGGUGCGCAUCUUCGUGCCGGCGUCGCAGAAUGGGGACGCGGUGCCGCCGCCGCCGCCCCCGCGCCAGCUCAUCCUCAAACCGGGCGACCCCAACAAGAUCCGCAUCAAAGUGCCCGAUCCGCUGGAAGACAAGACACCGCUGGUCGAGCACGGCCGCCUCCUCGCCGCCCCCACAAACGGCUCGCCCCAUUGACCGCAAUAAAUCGACUUUCGACGCCCUCUUGACCCCCGAGACCGAUCCCUUCCCCCGAUGCUGCAGCUCUGAUCAGACUCUGGGACUGAGAAAUUAAAUUUCUUUUGUUUACUAACUGCGUGGAGCUUACCAGUGGGUUUGCAACUUUCAUGUGGAUCUGCGAUUCUUUCUGGUUAUUUGCGGUAAGAAUUGGUAGUUGUAAGCCGCUGAAAUAUCACAAUUUAUUUGUUACUUCCAAAUUAGAUCAUUCUAUGGUGCAGACGAGGAAAAAUUUUAUUUGAUAUGCUACAAAUAAAAAUGAAUCUUCGUUUAAAUUGUAGCUAAAAUUUCAUCCUAAUUUGUUAACGUAUCUUUGAGAUACAAAGAAAGUUUCGGAAAUUCAAACGUAAAUCCCAUUUGAUUUCACAGUUAGCAAUUAAUGAAUUCAAAAUAUUUUAUGUAAAAUUGUUCAUCUCAAUCCACAUUUUUUAUUUUUCUCAUUUCUAACCGUAAAAUGAUAGAGAAAUUUUCCAAUUCCAUCUGCAAUUUUCCUUGAUCUUUUGACAUCAAGAUUUCGAUUACGACUGUUUAUUGGCACGAUUGAACCCAAAAUCAAAGGAGCCGUAAAUUUAUAGAAAACCUUUGGUGCCACCGGUCAAUAUAUGAUUUUACGCAAAUGGCGAUCCCACAUAUUUUAUGUGUACGGGCCAUUUUGUCUUUUGCAUUAUUAUCCGAAACCAAUUUUUCUGCCACACAAUGUGAUGAAUAUGUCACUUUGGAAACUUUUGCUUGGGGUCUGAUUCGCACAACUGCGGGGUCUCGGGUCGCCCAAUCCCAAUGUAAGAGCAAGUGAUAAUUAGUUGGUAGAGUUUAGCCAUUAUUUUCAAUGACUUUGGAUUCAUUUGGGCGAGUAUGUGUGAUAUAUUAUGAAAACCCUGACUAGCAAACGACUCUCUGCUCUUUGAGGCUGCGCGAGUGCUAUUUUCACGUUUGACAAAAAUUCCGUCAGGGCCUCGAAUGUACAUUCCAACCGCAAGUGAUUGUUCGAUGAUAUUGUCUGUGCGAUGUUGUUGAAAUUAGUCGAGAUUAAGCUGAUUUGAUCCACUCCCUUGUGAUUCCCGCGAAUUUCUGUUUCUUUUUUGUGCGGCGGUGACCUACGAUGAUAACAUUCGACAUGUAAUAAUGAAAAAUUGCUCUGUAUCGCCUCUUUCAAUAUAUAUGCAUACAAAAUUAGACACCUAUAAAUACACAAACGCUAUGUAAAAUACUUAAGAAUUUGAGGUCACAGCGACACCUUGCGAUGAAUGUAAUAAUAAUAAUUAUUUAUUUUCAUUACUGCCUAUAUUAGGCCUCGUAGAAGGUGAGACAAACAAAAAACAUUCACAAACAGAGGAGAGAAUAAUUUUUUGAGAUGAUAUGGUUGUUGCGAAAACUCUUCUAAAUGGGAAAAACACAUACAUAGAUGAACAUAUUUUGCUGGCGUGUAAAUACUAGAAAAAGACGACGGUUUUGCAAACUGUCGCAGCGGACAUUCAAUAAUAAUUUGUCACUCUCAGUCAGUAUUCAAAGAAAAAAUCUUAGAAGGAAUAGUAGACUGUAGGAAAGAAAGAAAGAAAGCAAAGUAUUUUGAGCGCAAAAGCUUCUUCAAAAUAUAUUACAACUACACAUGGUUCCAAACUUUGGCAUUUUACUAUUUGAGCUUAAUUCAUUCCAAGUUCAAACCUUUAACUUUUUGUAUUUUUUGUUGCUUUUGUGUACAUACAUUUGCUGAACUGUGCUGCAAAAAUGACAGAAUUGUACCUUUUUUAAUUUUAAUUGCCAAUCAAACAGUGGUUUAGCUGUUUUUCAUUUUGUUAGUUAUUCUAACUUAUUACCCCUUACGUUACGUCAGCCAUGUUAUUUGUGUCUAUUUUUUGUAAAUCAACAUUUACGUUAAAAACUCCAAAAAUUGUUAUGUCGCAAAUAAUUUUUCAAUAAAAUUUCACAAAAGUUCGAAAAA